AUGUCUACGCAACAACUAUCACCAAUUCGUAAAGCAUGGUAUAGAUGGAAAUCACUCCGUCUCCCAUGGCGAAAACGCUUCUUUGUCGGUCUUGACCUUCAAAACAAUUCUUUCUGGGAAUUUCGCGACGCUAUAAAUGCCGGCCGCAUGCGCAGAAUAGUUCAAGCGCCAUCUUCAACCCAAUAUUCAGAUGUCAGAAUCAGUCCGCAAUGGCACCAAUGGCUAAGACACACACGGGCUGAUGCGCCAAGUAUGGAAGAAUUGCUCGGGGAUGUAGCGAGACAAGAACGACUGAAAAUUCUCGCUAGACAGGCGGAUGAGAGAUGGAAUGCGAAAGCCAGUUUUUUGGAUAAGCCUGCGGCACAACAGGCGUUGCCGGCUACGCAAGUUGGGAAUGGAGGUGCGUUUUCGGUGGUGGAACCGAGGGAAGAUGGGCAAAGUAUGGCGAAUGCUGUGGGAGGAGAGCGCGAGGAGGUAGAGAAAGAGGGAAUGGCUUUUGUGAAGAAGCCAGCUGGGAGUAAAACACGGCAUGAUGCGGAGACCCUACCGAGGGAGGAAAAGAAAUAUAAGGAAGAUCCGUGGAAAAAGGCAAGAGGGGGGCCAAGUGAAGAAUGGCAACCUAAGGCUUGGGAUCCGAAUGACAUGCCAGUAUCUCGGAGAUAA